AUGGCAACUCUGGUCCGCGAUACUGCUAAUUCCAGCUGUGAACUCAAAAUCGAACUGGAGCGUUUCUCCAGCAACGAACAUUCUAGCAACCUCCCCGCCCCCCGCCUUGUCUCUGAGAACCAGGCCACAGGGCCAAAGCCCUGUCCUCCGGGGGAACCGGGUGCCAGAAGAAGCGACCCGAUAGUGCGGAGUAGAGACCCAAGAGCCGGGAGCACAGCCCGCGCCCGCUACUCAAACUCCGCCCCUGGAGCCGCCUUUAUGUCUCCGCUGCUCUCGGUUCCUUCUUUCUCCCUCGACAGGAAAUGGCUCCCAUUUUCUCCUCUCAUGGUGGUCUUCGACCCAGGCGUCUUUGGGGCUCAUUGUCUGGGGUGCUUUUCAGUCUGUACUUUCCGGGGCUCAGGAGCGCUCUGCCGGCCGCUGCCCUCCGGCCCGCCUCCGCUGGCUCCCGCUCCCGCACACGCUUGGCGGGCCAAUCUCCGCUCCGGGCCGGGCGCGUCACAAUGGCGCCCUCGCGGCGCGCCACCCGAGCCAGCCCCCACGCCCCGCCGCGCUCCACUUCCAGCCCCAUCUUCCCGGAGAGGUGCUCAGAGGGACGAUCGAGGUGCCGAUGUGAAGAGCGGGAGCGUGGAGACUCGGAUCCCGAGCUCCACCUUUGUAGUUCCCUGCAUGUAUCCUAGUUCUACAGAAAAUGAAUAGAUCUCAGGGGAUUUCUACUUUCUGUCUCCUUCCAUGUAGUUUGGCUUAACUGAGAAACAGUUUUAGUUCAGAAUGGCCAAGUUUUAAAAUUUCUUGUUGAUUCACUAAGAUAUACCUAAGAAUGGCCUAAGAAGCAAAGUCAUCUGGAAAAAAAAGAAAAGAAAA